AUGUCUGGAGAGUCUUCAAAACGUUCAAAUCUUGUCGAUGUGACCUACCAGCAACUUCAUUCGGUUCUCUCAGGGCGGCUAGAGGGAACGACACCUGACCAGAUUGCAGACAUUCUAAAACCACGGAUAUCUCAGCUUAGAAAUAUCACAGAGCCAUUUGGGAAACCGUCAAACGCGUCACGCAAGACCGUUGAGAGUGGUUCAGUUACUCUAAGCGACGGUGUGGUCUUGCAUCUGGACGACGUCGACAAGGAGUUUGUGUUUGCAAUCAGCUCGCAUUUCGAAAUUGACGAGGUCCAAUCCCUGAUUCUCCUGCGCUCCUUUCUUUAUAACGAGGGAUUACCGUCUAAUGCAGGCUCGAGCUCAGAUAAGUCGGUCGUGGACGAACUAGUGGCGGCCAUCACACCGUUCUACUAUGCUGAACGAUUAUUCGUCUUACGAUCCCUCAUCCCUCUUUUCCGAGCUCAAGAAAAUACGGUUGAUCCUAUACACGCUAUAGCGCUGGAAGAGCUUCCCAAAAUUCUACCCGAUGGCCAAGCAUUCGCAGACUCUCUCUUAAAAGAAUAUCUACGAAAGACGAAGCAGAAAGUCCCAGCAACAGUGAGCAGCGAACCGCGUGCUGCUUCUAGAUGGGCAAAGCAAAAUGCGAAGGAGCAGCUAGUCAUGCUGGAAGUCCUCUUUUGGACAAUGUGGGGUUACGUUCCCUGUGACGGACCUUUUGUCGUGCGGAUCAUGGAGGCUUCGUACAGCUCGAACCUUGGAUUGAUACAAGGCAACGCAACGCUUAUGUUGGACGACGAGGGUGAACAGCUGCAGCAGGAUUGUGCGGCGCUAUGGAUUCUCAUCACGAUCGAGGUGCUGGAGUUGGAGAGGCUAGCUGAGCGGAAUGGAGUAGAGAUCUCAGCUGACCCCUCCGAUAAAACGAUUUAUACCUCGUCACCUGAGUCGCUAAAGCGUAUACACGAGCUCGUUACCUCUCCAAGUCACGGCAACAGUCAUCAUGCCUGUACCUAUCUUGCUUGGGCUUUUGUCCUUUCUCGUUUGACAUCCCAGGUCGAGGAGGCGAAGGAAAUACCAGAUGGCUAUCGUAGCUUCUUCGAGUCCCUUGUUCCCCAUCAACAUCGUUCAAAAGAACGCGAACAAAUGCACGUGCUAAUGGCCCGAACCUGUCUAAGCCCUGACGUCGGUUUAUUCAAGCUAAUCUCGACACUCCUAACAACUUCUCCCCUUUUUGUGACUGUUGCCGCUUGGAAGACUGGCUCAACUAUAACUGAUCCUAAUGCAAUAGCAUUUAGGUCUGUACUAAAAGGCCUUGUCAUUGCGCUUGUAGAGUUGGUUCCUGUUGAGCUCGUCCCAGAUUUCGAUGCAUUGGUUGAGGUCUGGAUUGCACUGUUUGGUAGGAGUGAAAGCCAGUCUAUUGCAGGCAUUUGUCGGCAAUAUUGGCAGUCAGAUUGGAGGCAAGGCAUGGCUCGUCGUGCUAUAUUCGACGUCGCAAGGUCGCGAUUCCCUAUCCAGCUCAAACCUCUCAUCCGACUACUCCGUGCAAUGACUGCUGCUGGCUUCCUCGACACCGAUCAACUCUCCACAGCUGAUCACUCUCAAGAGAGCGAGGGCACAGAGGAGGAGCGAGAACUCUGUGGUCAACAUGUCUUCUUUUAUCUCGAUAAGUUGCCUACGUUUUCUCAGGUCAUCCCGGCAUCCGCAUGCACCGGAUCUAAUGCCAUAUACGAGAAGUUACAAGAGAGAUAUGGAUCGAUGCCCUCCCCAGGUCUCACCUACGUCAAUCUUCGCCCAAUCAAAUUACCUGGUGGAUCUACACUGCCUGCCAGGUCGACUGGCCGAUUGUUGAGCGGAGACGGUGGAGAGUUUAUGGCUAUUUGCUGGCAGCAUGAACAUUCUGGUUGGAAAGUGAUUUUGGAAGUUCUGACAGACUAUGUGAACCGCAAGCGAUCAUACUCCGGAGCUGAGAGGCCUUACCGCGGAGCAUCUUCUGGUCGUAGUGGUUCUCAACCGUUGACACUGAAACUCAGUGACAUAGGCAUGGAAAUGGAGAGUGAAGGCGACGAAGACAUCGCAACAGAUACCCUUGACCUUAUCCGUAGCAUCAUACAAGAAAAUGCACCGCUCGCUGAGGAGUUGUUAGAUUCUUUGGAAUCUGGCGAUUCCCUUGUGUCGCAUAGUAUGGGGGAAAGCCAACCUCCCGAUUUGGUCCAGCUCACAACUAUGAUUCUCGAGGAGGCUUUGAAUCGCCCUGCCAACCAAACAAGAAGCUUUGCUCGCACGCAGCUCAUCACGUCUGCAAUGAGUGUUCUCUCAGCGCUGCUGUCAUUACCUAAAUAUUCCUUGCGGGUUUGGCUGUAUAUACGAUCCACCAGUGCCCUGUUCGGUCCUAGUCGCUCAGCUGGGUUUGCAUCCGUUGCUCUCGCUGCCGAGCGUAUUUCUGGCCACUACACUAUGACCCUAGCCUUACUGCAGCUCGUACAACAACUCUUCCACGAAGCCGCUUCGUCUGUUUUAACGAUAUUGCCUGAAAACGCUCGUCUACAGCAGGUAAAAGAAGAGGUGUUGCUUCGUGCCACGAGUUUUGUACAUGGUGAGAUAUGGGUUGAGCAUCUGGUUUGGAAGUACGCUCAGCUAGGAGACAAGUUCGAGGUUGGGAGGCGGGUUUCAUCUUUCUACGCUGAUGUGCUCAGUCAGGCUCCCCCGACGUUAACUGAUAGACCGUUCGCAACGCUGAGCCAAACUAUAGCUGACAUUCUUCUCCAUAAAGCAACAACGUCUACAAUCAACCCAUUAGUGUCCUCUAUCACAGCUGGAUCGUCUAUUUUGGGAACGUUGUAUGCUACACGACGAUUUGGAGACGCGCGACGCCUUAUCUAUCUCUUGGAGUCUCAUCUUCAUCUGGUGCGGCUGGUCCUCAACUAUAAGCAGAUGACCCCUGGGUCUUCAAAACCUUGCCUACUAGAACAGGCAUUGUGUGCUCGAGUGGCUGGUGGGGCAAACUUCUCAGAUUCAACUCGCUCAAGGGUAGAUCCAAUCGAUGUGUUGGCGACAUAUGUGAAGGAGAGAGGCGUAGGAGCUGUCAUCCCGUUGGAGGCCAUGAAAGUGCUUUACUCCCUUUGUGCAUCUCUUUCGACUACGCAGCCAUCACCACCAACUAUCAUUGGGCAUCUUACAAACCCGGAGGCAACUGUUGCUUCAUUCGUGCGCAUUGUCCAGCAUCCUUAUGAUGAUCUAUCUCUUCGGAAUGCCGUUUGGAACUUCAUCUCCCUCGCCGUAGAUAAGGAGCCUGCGCUCGCUAGCUUGUUCGUUACCGGCCAAUUCCGCAUUCCUGCAAGCGUCAAAGGGAAAGGUGGCGAGCUUUCGGAUGGUGAUGCAUCUAAGAAGGUCCUUAACGCUGUAGACAUUGCGCACGAUGCUUUGGGAAAUUGGAAGGAGCUUUGGGAGCAUAACCCGCAGCUCAUGGCUUCGGUCUUACGCUUCCUAGAUGUCGUUUGGCAACAUGGUCUUGAACACAAAACAUUACUCGACAAUAUGCGCGAAGAUGAAGAAUUCUGGAGCCAGCUGUCAGCUAUCACACGAGAGGAGCUGGGCCCGUGGCCAGACUACACCACGGAAUCAUAUGUUCUUCUGGAUGGCGCGCGUCGAUCAAAUUUCCACGAAGCUGUUUCAAUGCAAGCUUACCGCACCAUGGCGAAGUCUUAUGCUCUACAUAUUAUCGGUCAGGAUAUCUAUCUGCGACCACAACCUCCGCAAUCAUGUCAACCUACGCACAAGGCCGUCAGCUAUAACAAAAUACGAGACUCGUUCAAGGUUGAAGAGCAGCUAACAGAAUAUGUGCUCGAAGCUGCGGCUAGCUCAUAUGAUCCAGCCUUUCACGAUGAUCUCAUUCAACAGAUCCAGGUCGACUUCCCUGCACUCACCCUGGAACAGUUGCAGUCACAAGAACCCGUGGUUGAACGCGAGUUUGGUGACGACUUUACCUUUUCGUUAAGCCUUUUACGAAGUAGGCUUCAGCACUGUGCUACUACUGAGGAGGGUGUGAGGAGUGCCGAGGAGGUGGAGAAAAAGAUCUCAUCGAUCAACCUCAAUUUAUCUUUGACUCAAGCUCAAACAGCCCUCGCAGAAUCCUGGCAAUUCUUGUUGCGACAAGCGCUACCUUUGAUUCGAGCGGAACAAGGCAUCAGGCCUUCCAUGCUGUCGCUAGCGGCUGCAAUGUCUGUGGACGUAGCGUCGGAGAAGCGGUCGGGAGAUAUGAUGGCCACCAUUCAUGGAACAAGGCUUGGGUUACUUCUUUCCCUGCUCGAAGUUGCUUGGUUCUCGGCAUCCGACACACCCACAGAAAUUAAAUCAUUCAUCUCACUCGUCAAAAAUGUCCAUAACAUCAUUCUCAAUGAGUCACAAUCUCCUUCUAUGUCUUUCCUUGGGAAAACAUCCGUACCAUUCCAUCGGACGCUACUCCAGAUCAUAUACUUUUGUUGUCGCCAUUGUAGAAAUUUGAUCAGGCGACCAAAAGCUCUCAAUGCUGAACAAAGAUUGACCAUCGCGAUGAUGAUUGAAGCUACUCUGAACCUCGUUAUUGAGGCUCUUAGUCUUGUUUUUGACUCUGCGCGUACAAGACUCGAUCUUGAUCUGGACAAAGACAUGGAGUUAUUAGUCGCAGUAUUCGAGCAGUGCACUCGCCGCGAUAUUGAUAGUAAUCCUGCACAAUGGUUGACGCGGUGCCAAGAAACGGACGCCAUUAGAUCCAGCCUCGAACUUUUUGUUCACGCAGAUCUGGUGGGCCUCUCUGAUCUGACCUUGCUUCGUUCUCGCCGACAGCCUCUCUACGCUCCUCAUAUAGUCUUUUUCCAUAUGGCGCUCGCAAGUAUUCCGUCAGGCGCUGAACGUUUUGCUAGUGCUGGCGCCAUCUCAGCAUACAGUAACAAUGGCAUCUCCGCCGCAAUAAGCACUGGCCAAAUUGAGGUUACUUUACCUGAAUUACCUGGCGAGCGAAGUCCAGCACACAGAGUCUAUGUCUCUAUGCUUUCCAUCGUCGCUGGCGUGAUCUCGGCUCUAGGGCGACAAAGUCAUUUCUUCGUGGCUGAAGCCUGUGGGUUUGUGCAGUUGUAUGGGGAACAAAUUUCGCGUGCGUUAUCGUGGAGCAUUGGUGAACCUGUCACCCUGCCACUGCUGGAAGAAAUUGAACAAGUAGUAAAUCUUUUCUAUGCCAUUGCAGAAGGGAUGCCUUCGUCGUCCAAUGACCACGAUGCCGUUGUCUCCAAGGUUCUGCGCGUAUUCACAACGCAUGCUUUGAUGCUAUUGCAGCAGCUUAACUAUGCACUCACACAUCCUAAUCACCUGUCUACCCUACUUGAGCCUGUCACUGCAGAGGAGCGUCUUCUAGUUGAUAAGGAGAGAGAGUCGGCUGUUGGUGCGGGUGGAUCGCUUUCCCCUUCCGAUAUGGUCGAUCUACGCAAGCGUCCAUUGACGGCGAGGCUCGUACAUAGGCUAUACAAGCUCACGGCCGCAAUACUAGCGACAUUAAUUAGUAUAAGUCGAGCGUACGAUGUCUUACUGGGUGACCAGGAAGAAUGGCCGGUGCUUGAAGCUUUAAUUGUUCCUCAUUCUAAAGUGGUCUUAGGAGAGCCAACAUCUCUAGGAACGCUUCUUGAGUUAGGAAAUGCCACUCUUGACAUUCUGCGAGACCUUGUCAAUCGUCCUCCAGGUCAGAAUAUUGUCCCUCCGACAUCUACGUCUAUUACUUCUACAUCGGCAUCGGUGGAAACACUUGACGUAAGAGAAGGGAUAAUUACGACGAGAAACACGCUUGAAGGCGUGAUGAUAUACGCCGUCACGCAGCUUGCAAUGUGGGUAUCAAAACCCGAAUUUGAAGUGUCAGUCGGGGAUGGAAUGAACAUGGGGGAGGACAGCGAAGGGAUGCACGAAGGGGGACAUCAUACCACUCAACUUCAACAUUCGCAUAGUCCGCAGCAGCAUGUUUCGCAUCACUUAGGACAUUCGAAUCCUCACACAUAUACUCAUCUCCAACACUCACAGAACCCUCUUUCUUUACACCCGCGCGACUCACUCCCUCAAGCACCACAUAAAGAUCGAGAACGGCGUGCUCCACGAGCAUCUAUGACACUAGCGGAACGCUUACGGCGCGGAAUGACUGGGGAGAUGGCCGCUGAUUUACGAGGACUGUUAGGGAAGGCUUCUGGACUGAUAGCGAAGUGUGAUGGUAUCAUUGGGUCUGAUAAUCCUAGGCCAGAGGCGGCAGCAGAGAAAAAACCUAACCUGUCGGAAGUUUUACUCAGAUUUUUGAACGAGCGUGUUGGUGCUGCUUCUUAA